ACUAUUCAUGGAGAGCUGCGUGACACGUACCUGAUCACAACGGUUGGGCUCUGUAGUCUUCAGAUCGCGUUGGUCUGAUUCUUAAGGCGCAUGUCUCGUAUCGAAUCAGUGUCUCAUGCCGUUUCGGUCAAGUUAACCAGCAGUUUUCCAACGAACGUCGUCCAGUAAAGCAGUGCCACGCCGCGGCUCAAUCAACUUGUACGUUACUGAGCCGUGUCAACUGUUAUUAUACUCGACAUCCGUCCGUAUCGCAUGUUUGAAGUGAAGUGAAGAAGCGCAUAAGGAAAUGUUUUUGUUGGCGGCAUUUUCGACGACGACCAAAGUGAAGCCGUUUGUUUUCGUUUCGUCUGUCCAGGUGGUGCCACACGCUGUGCGGAUGCCUAUAUAGUGUUUCCAAUUGAGACCAAGACCUGUUUUCAACUUUCUACCGCCCUUUGUUUUUUCUUAGCUAAUACCCAUAGGGACAGAAUCGCUGGCCUUGCUCGACCUUAUUGGGAACGAUAAUUGAAUAUUCAAUUUCAUUGGCGACGUGCUGUGGAUACUAAAAUGCCUUAUCCAACUCUCUCUCUGGGCGUUCCACGUUAGUCUGCUGAAAAAGUUAGCUGUUUCGGUCAAGUGUAAUCUCGUCAGUCUAUCAAGCUCUUGGACAAUGAACAGUUACAUUAAACAUUGGAAUCGUUGGAUUGCGCGACGCACAUUUUUCGAUUCGCUUCAGUGUUACAUCGGAUUCGAUAUCGCAUCAGUUUCGAACUCUACGAGCCUUGCACGCCAGUUCUGAUAGCACAACGCUACACGCAUAUCAUCAACAUAAACAUUCAGCCCCCCGUUAUUGUUCCCUCCGCGCAUUCCGCGUUUACCGUAUGGACCAAAUAAUGACUGCGGAAACGUUCAAGACAGGACAGUCUGCAAAGUUGUGGAACUGGUUGGACAGAAUGCGAUUCGAUCAUCAGCGCCAUAGUGUCAAAGAUUUGUGCAAAGUUAAGCUCAGUCAGGCAGACGGCAGUGUUGCGGAUAUUACGCCGGCCAACGUUCUUCCUGCCAGAUGUUUAACGCAGGACGAAAACCCAACUAAACGAAGGUGGAACACGAAAAGGAUGAAGCGACAUGUUUCUUGCUACGUUUUUACUUCAGGAAAUGUGGAAGUCGAAAGGAAAUAUCGCUCGCAUAAUGAAACGCACUUUCCCUCCUCGAAGCCAAUUCCGCAACGGGUCAGGGCAGCGAAAUCCAUCCAGAAUCUCACGUCGGUCGAUACCAUCGACCGCCAGAAUACUAGGACUGGGCUACGGAACCGAUUGUCAUGGCACAGGCUUGCGGACGGCAACAACAGUUGCAAAGGCAGUAGACUGGUCGUGACAAGUGGUGUUAAUGAUACUAUCCCUGUUUUUGACGACGAAGACGACCGAAAUGAUGCAAUGACUCAAACCUGUGCCCUUGAUCUGUGGGCCGCAUCGCUCCCGCAUAUCGAUAGUGAUGUCAGCGACGACGACGACGACGGCUACUGUUGCUACGAUUCGCGCGAAUACGCUAAAGCGCUAGUGUUGCCGACCUCCUCCGAACUCAACCAAACCCACUCUGGCGCCCAGCCAGAAAAUAUUGUUCACCCGAAAGAAAAGGAAUCAACAAUUAAAGAAGAAGAAAUGCCCAACAGUCUUGCGGCGGAUGCGGCGCCGUUGGCGGUGCACACGACGACUGGGCGGAUGACUGGGCCGAUGUCUGUCGAGAGUCUGAACCCACUGGUGAUGGAUUGCGGCGUGUACCUGCCCGGUUGCCGACACCGUGGUCGUGCUCUCGUCGUAGCAGAUCUGUCCCUCCUGCGGAGCCACCUACCGCCCGUCUCCCACUUGGCUCAGCUGGUCGCCUAUUAUCAGACCGUGCCCCGCAAGUCGGCCGCAAAGAACGGACUCGUCUUACUGGUUGCCGGUCGUCCCGACCAGUCCAGCAGCGCUUUCGGAUUGAUCGAGCAACUCCUGUGCCAUUUUCACGAACGCCAGCAAAAGUGUAUCGAUGAUGUCGUCAUCUGGAGCGAAGGCGGAGCCGUCCCGGAAACCUCUUUGAGACUAUCUGGCCGAACGUGUGACGUCAUUACGUCGAGCGGUCAGCUGCGCGAGAGGCUGGCUGCGGCGCUUUCGCUGGGCUGCUGCGGUGGUCCCAUUGCUCACAAUCAGCACGAUUGGAUCGCGUUCCGCAAGAUUGUAGAGCCUUUUCUCAGUUCAUGCCGUCAGCGAAGUAAAGUUCUGUACCAAGUCAUUAGCUCCGUCCGGAGUCAAAUGGCGACGACCAGUCCGGCUGGCGCACCCCUCCACAUUCAAGCGGCCCUCGAAGAAUUAGACAAACUAUACAACGCCAGCUCUUGCAAUCCAGAUCUGAUAGGUCUGCUCGCAGAGGGACCUCGAAUUCUCCAAGAGGUCAGCAACGCCAAAACCAGAUUGGGAGGCGACAAUGUCGACGCAAGGGAAACCAUGGAGCGCUGUUCGGCCCUGUAUGCCGAAGUCCAGCGGAGCGUGGGCCGACUGGCCAGGGUCUGCGAGCGCCGCAAAGCUCAGCUGGAAAAGCACCUGCCGUCGCCACCGACACUGCCGGCGGCCAGCAAAGAAGACUGUGACGACGUCGACGACGGCGCCGCACGCAUCGGCGAUGGCCAUUCCCUCUCCGCAUGUCGGCAGAUCCUUUCGUGGCUGUGUCGGAAAGGCGAGGAGACGCUGUCACGCUACCACGUCACACUGGCCGAUUCGCUGGCCGCUGCCAAGUCGCAACAGCGAGAGUUUCAACGCUUCCUCGUACUGGCUCAGAAACAAAUUGUCAAAGGUAAAGAACUACUGGAAGAACUGCAGCGAGAUUCCGGCGUGACGGCCACUCCGGGCUCUACGUUAGCUCCCGCUGAGCCGAGAGACGAACAGUUGGCGGUCGGCGAAGAUCCUGUCGGCUCCAGUGCCGGGCGUACGAUAUCCAGCAGCAACACCAGUAUCCUCGACCUUGCCUCUUCACUGCAAUCCCAGCUUUCCAAGUUCGGUCACCGACUGGACGACACCCGCGAGCGGCUAGAAGAUACCUCCCGCUGCUACGAACUUCUCGACAAGGCCUACGAAUGGGGCGUAGAAGCUAUGAAACUGGCGUCAAAACUCAAGUUGGACCAGCAACCUUGCCCGCCGUCGGUGGCCAGUCAUCUUCUCCACCAGGUGGAUGCGUUCCUGUCGACCGCGGAUAAGAUUUCGCACACGACCGCGCUAGAAGACCUCAACACCCUGGCCCGUAAACUUGACAAUCCAAAAUUACUCGACCAGUGCAAGUUGGCUCAGAACAGAUGCCAAGAAACUAUGGAGCUGUUGGAAUUUCGGCGAAGAAUCUUGACGGACUACGUCAAAGAGGAUGAAACAAAACGCCAGGAGGAGCAACAUCAAGCGAAACAGCGACAAGACAAGGAUGAGGUCGAAACGAAUAUUUACGAGAACGUGGCCGAGUUGAAUGCGUCAUCUUCGUGCGAAGACAAGGUAGAUGGCCUAUCAAAGGAUUACCCAAUUUGGAAAAAGAACGAGACGGGCAACCAGUUGGUGAGGGCAGCAGACGAUGGCAAUUGCGUUUUGUUGCGUGUUAAGAAGAAUUCUAGCCCCGACGCGCUGGCCAAACAACAACAGCAACAACCAAAUUCUGUUUUGAACGGCUAUCCGCCACUUCCGCUACGUGGGACAACGUCUUACAGCUCGGGCACGUCACUCUCCAGCUAUUCUUCAUCAUCUACCAGCUGGAGCUCGCGGAUGAAGUUGGCCAUGAACCGGAAAAUGUCGACGUCCGGCACGGAGCCCACAUUGCCCGCCGACGACGUUUCGGAUGGCAAUAAGAUGGAUAAGAGCGGAGUUAGCAGUACGGGUAGUAGUAGCAAAACAGAGGAGGAAGAGGACCACUCAGAGGAGGUUUCCGUCUGCCAAUCCCCAAUUUCCGUCAACAGCCACUUGCAGUGCCGAGCAUCUUCUAUCGACUUGUCCUUGCCCAUUGCUGAAAUGCAAGAGUCGGGAUUCACCGAAGAUAACAUCAAGUCCCAAAAGACCUUGUUUCUCACCAUGCGGGAAAUGAUUCAAACUGAGCGUGAUUACGUCCGCUCUUUGGAGUAUAUAAUCGAGAACUAUAUUCCCGAAUUGUCACGCGAGGACAUACCCCAAGCGUUGCGUGGUAAACGCAACGUCAUCUUCGGUAACAUCGAAAAAAUAUACGGCUUCCAUCACCACUAUUUCCUGCGCGAACUGGAGCACUGUCACAACGUGCCCUUCCUGGUGGGCCAGUGUUUCCUGCGACACGAGCAGCACUUUUAUCUCUACGCCCUUUACAACAAGAAUAAACCCAAAUCCGACGCCCUGAUGGCUGAAUAUGGAACGGCUUUCUUUCGGAGGAAACAGACUGAAUUGGGCGACAAAAUGGAUCUGGCUAGUUAUUUGCUCAAGCCAGUCCAGCGUAUGGGAAAAUACGCCCUGUUGUUAAAGCAGUUGCUCAAAGAAAGCGGCGACAAGGAACCCGAGUUUGUCGAUCUUCUGGCUGCCGAGCAAAUGGUUCGAUUUCAACUACGACACGGCAAUGAUUUGCUCGCCAUGGAUUCCCUCCGGGACUGUGACGUCAACGUCAAGGAACAGGGCCGUCUGAUACGGCAGAGCGAGUUCUAUUGCUGGCAGGGUAGAAAGAAGGGGCUUCGGCACGUGUUUCUCUUCGAGGAUCUCAUCCUCUUCAGCAAGGCCAAACGCGAUCCGGAACGCAAAAAUCUGGACAUUUACAUCUACAAGCAUAGCAUGAAGACGUCAGACAUCGGCUUCACAGCCAAAAUGGGCGAAUCGAGUACAAGAUUCGAGAUAUGGUUCCGAAAACGGAAGCCAAACGAGACAAUCGUGAUGGAAGCGACAAAUCCGGACGUCAAACAGAUGUGGGUCGAUGACAUCAGCCGUAUUCUAUGGAAACAGGCAUUGAGAAAUAGAGAACUUCGUAUGACAGAAAUGGCCGAAAUGGGAAUUGGUAAUAAGCCGUGUUUGGACAUCCGACCAAGUCAAGAUCAAAUUAAUGAUCGGUCUAUCAGUUACGCACAAUUAGCUAAAGCACCGAAAUUCCGACACUCUGUAUGCGGAUCAAUUUUGUCGGAUAGUCGGAGUAGCAAGCGGCCUCACUCGAUAAUCUCAGUCAGUUCUUCUGCUUCUUCGGCCUCAUCCGGAAGCGGGAGCGUCAAUGACAAUCGGAUUUCCAAUAGCAAUAAUGGACAUCAGGAUUCGACAACCAAUACAGCAUUAGUAGCCAAUCUGCAUAACCACAGAUCCAAAACCAACCAAAGCCAAUGCUCUGCAGAGUCGGGAAUCUUAGCCGACCUGUCGAUGAGCUAUGACGAUCCAGAAUCUGGCCACUGCCGCAUUGGGAGAUCUGACAGUUCCAUUACCACCGAAUCCGUCGAUUCGGUCACGCUUUCACCGUCGUCACCUCUGACCUCAUCCAAGUCAUGUCCUUAUCCGAGUAUGACGCCUAUAUCUCUUUAUGUUAAUAACAAACUGAUCCCCAUCACCCCGUCGCCGUCUCACAAGAACAUGCCCAUGACAGAGAUGUAGAUGACGGCAGACGGAAUUCGAAGUAACCGUUGUCCUCGACCGCCAACCUCGCCAGCGCGCUUGUACAUAAGAAACCGAUUGGAAGACCCUACAAACGUUUGAAUAUGGUUAAACUAACGGACUUUACGUUUCUGUCUAGUUACCUUUUUUGUUGUUUUGCUUCACUAACUCGUCCAGUCGCUACGGAAAGCAUGAUGUUAGAUUAUUAUUUACCAAUAAAACAGUGAAAAACA